AUGAGUGACAAAGAAAGUGACCUUCCUGAAGAAGAUUCCUUAUUUUUUGAUUCAUAUAGUGAGGCCAGUGAUAAUAUGUCAGUUGGUUCUGGUAGUAGAGCCGUUUCAAUAGUUUCUCUAGAAAAUCAACUUUGUGCAACUAAAAAAAGUAAAUUGCCAAAACGUAGAUGGAAAUAUGUAAAAUCUAGUUGGGUAUGGAAAUACUUUAAAGUAAACAAGAAUGGACAACAUGAUAUUUGUACAGUUGAAAUUCUAAAUUUAAAUAAUGAAACUGUUAAAUGCGGUCAUAAAUUUCUACAUGAUGGUAGUACUGGAAAUAUGAGUAGUCAUCUUCAAAACAAACAUGAUCUAUAUGAGAAUAAAAAUAAAAUAACAAGUGAUGUUCAAGAUAAUGAACAAGGUAAUUAA